AUGCGGCUGCACUUCGAUGGGCGGGUGCGAACGAACUUUCUGGACCCGCCGGACUACGCCGUCUUCUCCAAGUACCGCGCGGGGCCGCGUUUGGCGGUCGGGGAUCCGGUCGGGGGGUUUCUCUGGGGCUCCGCGCUGGUGUUGGUGAUGGACGUCCCGUCCGACGCGAAAUUUCUACACAAACGCGGCGACGUCGUCAAGGCCGGCGAGGCCCUUUUAAGCUGA